CUUGAUCUUCAGGUCACUGUCCCAGCCCCCCCAGAUUUUAACCUCCUCUGCUUUCCCCUCGUGCUAAACCAUGAUUUGCCUCAAAUCCAUCAUCCAUCCUUCGCCUCGUCUCCACCUACCCCUCCUCGCCUCCUCCCCGCUAAGCCGCCGCCGCCUCAAACCCUCCGCCGUCCGCGCCGCCGCCGCCAUGUCUUCCGCCGCCCCCGCCGCCGCCAUCGCGGCCCCGAUCGAGCACUUCGUGCUCAUCAAGGUCCGCCCGGAGUCCCUGACCUCGGGCGCGGCCGCCGCGAUGGUCUCCUCGCUGCAGGCGCUCUCGUCGCAAGUCCCGGGGCUGUCCUACAUCCACGCGGGCCCCGUGCUCCGCCUCCGCUCCCCGGCGGCCGAGGCCCUGGGCCCGACCCACCUCCUCCACUCCCGCUACGCCACCAAGCCCGACCUCGCCGCCUACGCGGCUCACCCGGCCCACGUCGCCGCCGUGCAGGCCCACGUGCAGCCCAACGCGCUCGACGCCACCGCCGUCGACUGGGUCAACGCCGCGGCCGGCCCGUCCCCGGUGACCCCCGGCUCAGCCAUCCGACUCACCCUCGCCAAGGUCAAGGAAGGUGUGGAGGUGGGGCGGCUCGUGGAGGAGGUCGCCGCGGCGACCAAGGCUGCCGGCGAGGCCAGGGGCUCCAGGGUCAGCUUCGGGGAGAACUUCUCGCCGGCGCGCGCCAAGGGGUACCAGUUCGGGAUGGUGGCCGUGUUCGACAGCGUGGAGGAGCUGGACGCCGUGGAAGGGGACGGCAAGGUGGAGGCAGCCAAGGCCGCCGUCAGGCCCUUGCUCGACGAGGUGCUGGUGCUGGACUUCGUCGCGGGGCCUGCCGGGGACGCUCCGGCGGCGGCGAGCCUCUGAUGAGGCCAUGAGGGAUCUCAGGUUUUGGUUUAGAUUCGAGUGUUCCUGUGUUGUUAAUUUUGGGAAUAAUGUACUCGUGAAAUUGGGAUCGAAUUGUGUGAUGAAUAAGGAUUGCUUGCCGGAGAUCCUGCUUCUGAAUUUUGACACAGUGCGUGUGAAAUUCCGGGAGAGGCCUUGUGUAUCAUGUUUGGAGCAGUACACCAAACAAUUGGUACGCACUUCCUUUUGUGAUUCAAAGGAGCACGGGAAGCUGUUGGGCUUUUCA